AUGUCCGUCACUAAUGUCCUGAUGCGCCGGGGCACCGAGCUUGUGGCUACUCACAUGCAGUCAUCGGAUAAGCCUCAGCAGCAGCAGCCAAAUGGAGGCGUGGUGGCUCUGUUUUCUAUCACUGCUGUCUUGUUUUGUUUUGCUUUCUGGGCUGUCGAGUAUACCUACGGAAUGGUGGUCGCGACUCUGGCUGUAGUUGAAGAUACCAACCCCGAUAUCUACGUGCGCAUUACUCCCAGUCCUGAUCCCACCAAGCCAUCCAACGAGGAAGAUCCUGAGCUGGUUGCUCCUACUCCCCUCAAGCCUAUCACCAGCAAGCUGCGCACCACUGUGAAGCACCUGCGCUCCCGUGCUGGCUACUGGUCUCGCUUCCGUGGAAUGAACAUGUUCGUGGGCUACACCGUGGUCCGCGGAUUCCUGUCAUCUUUAAUCCCUGUUCCUACCACGUCAUACCUGGGCCAGUUUAUUGUUCAGUCUAUUCUGAGCGUUCUCCUGGCUACUUGGCAGAUGGCCUGGGUGCACAUCGUCAUCUCUGAGCCCUCCCCAAAGAGUGCCUACCAGCGUAUCCCCAGCUAUAAGACCUGGAUUAAGAUUGCGCCAGCUGCUGCUCUCCAGGAUAUUCUCACCGCUGCUGCUUUCUUCAUUCCCAUGGCCAUUGCCAACUUUGCUGGCUGGCUCGAUGUUGCCGGUGACCAGGAUGUCCCACCUAUGGUUGCCAUCUACCGUUUUAUGGGCGCCGGCGUGAUUCCUGCUCUUCUGGCAUUCCUAAUCUCUAUGCCUGCUCGUGUCAUCUUUGUCCGGGUGGCUGCAUCUAUGCUUCCUGAAGAGGAUGAGACUAUUGUGCCGUUUGAUCGCUCUUUCGGGGGUAAAGUCAGCCCUGCCAUCACCGGUGGCAGCGGCAAGAUCGGCCUCAUGGAUGCAUGGACUACCUUUGACUGGGCUGCCCGUGUCCGCUUCGCCAAGGUUAUUGGCAAGACAUUUGCCAUGGAGGUGGCGCUUGGUAUCUUCGCCGCUUUGGUACUUGGUGCUCAGGUCUUUUGGAUGUUCAAGACUGCCAAGCCCGUUGACUCAGAUGCCCCUGGGUUCCAAAUGAGCUGGGAAUAA